AUGUCGCUCUCCACAAGCUCGUCACAGCAAGCCACAGCAAGCCAAACGACUAUGUCAAUGACUCAAAAGCUCCGAGGCGUAGCCAGCAAGAUCUUCCAAAAGAUGAAGCUUCCCAAGAGCAAAGAGGAUAGAAAUUUCGAGGAACUCGGUUCCACCGAAAUAGAAGUGGCGAGGUCUGCGACCUUCAUACGUCCAACAGCGGCCCCUCAAAUUGUCGACCUCCAGGCGAUAAGGCAAAACAUCCGUCCACAACCUGCACGUAUAUACACGCAUGAUUCUAUGGUGCCGCGCUCUCAAGCAAAUCUCAACAGCCCUGAGCUUCACCUUCAGAGAUCCUUUGAGACGAUGCACUCGCCGACAGAGACGGGCACGCCGCUACGUAGGAAUCCGCAGCAAGUCUUCGUGUUUGAAGCGACGUCUGACCACUCGGCUACGGCUGCCUUGGACGACAUCGUGGAUUACGCAGAUUAUGAAAAACUUGAUGACGAUGACUCGGACCUGGAUUGGAGCCUGCUAGAUCUCCCAGAAAAUGUCUACGGCAGACUGGCAAAUGAGAGCCGCAAUAGCCUGAUAUAG